CAAAUCAAAGCAAAUCAAAUCAAUCAAAGCAAAGAGUAAAGUGAAAUUGAAGUGAACUUGAGAUUCGGUGCCGGUGCCGCAAGAACAAAACAACAACCAACCAACAAGUGCAAUCAAAGUGCAGUCAACAUAACCAAAUGGCCCUUGAGGAUCGCUGCAGUCCACAAACAGCGCCCAGUCCACCAGGUUGUCUACCGCAAUCACCGCAACAUUACAACUCGCAGUCCUCGACAGCCUUACCCAUAACAACAACAACAACGACAACAACUAGCCACGCUUUGGACAUGAGUCUCCAAUCGCAACAGAGCCCACCAGUGGCCACCUUGUACCAGCAGCAACAGCUCCAGCAUUUGCAUCAAUUGCAGCAGCUUCAGCAAUUGCAUCAGCAGCAAUUGGCAGCCCAUGGCGGAGUCGGUGUGGGAGUAUUCCACCAUCCGGCUGCUGCCUUCGAUGCCGCUGCAGUGGCUGCCGCCCAUGCAGCUGCCCUGCAGCAACGUCUGGCGGCCAGUGGAUCACCUGCCUCUUGCUCUACACCUGCCUCAUCCACACCACUCACCAUCAAGGAGGAGGAGAAUGACUCCAUCAUGGGUGACAAUAGUUUUCACAAUCAAACAAAUACCACCACGGGCACUGCAACCGAGGAUGAGGAGGAUGAUGACAUCGAUGUGGAUGACACUUCGGCAGGUCGUCUGCCCCCGCCAGCCCAUCAACAGUCAUCCAUGGGCAAGCCUUCGUUGGCCUUCUCGAUCUCCAAUAUCUUGAGCGAUCGCUUUGGCGAUGCCUCGACCAAGCAAACGAAACCAGGAACAAACCCCUUGGAAGCUGCCGCCGCUGCGGCCAGCAUUUUCCGACCCUUUGAGGCUAGUCGUGCUGCUGCCGCCACACCCUCCGCCUUUACGAGAGUGGAUCUCUUGGAGUUUAGCCGCCAGCAGCAAGCAGCCGCCGCAGCAGCCACAGCCGCCAUGAUGAUCGAGCGUGCCAACUUCCUGAAUUGCUUUAAUCCGGCUGCCUAUCCCAGGAUUCAUGAGGAGAUUGUCCAGAGCCGUUUGCGUCGGACUGCCAACACUGUGCUGCCUCCUGCCACUUCUGCCUCCUCGUCGAAAAUGACAGAGCCGAGUCAAGAGAAAUCCGCUCUGGGAUCACUCUGCAAGACAGUCUCCCAGAUUGGCCAGCCCACACCCAGCUCGAGCACAGUCACAACCAUUGCGACACCUCAAUUGAGCAGUUCGAGCAGCUUGGCCAACAAUCUGGCUAGUCCGCCACCCGCCUCAAAUGCCUCUACAAUCAGUACCACCUCAUCCACGGCCACUAGCUCCUCGUCGGGUUGCUCGUCGGCCACAAGUUCAUUGAACUCCUCGCCCAGCAGUCGUUUGGCCGCCGCCAAUAAUGCCAGCAGCCCCCAACCGCAACCCAUUCCGCCACCAUCGGCUGUGAGUCGGGAUUCGGGCAUGGAAUCCUCCGAUGAUACACGCUCCGAAACGGGAUCCACCACAACAGAUGGCGGCAAGAAUGAAAUGUGGCCAGCGUGGGUCUAUUGCACCCGCUACAGUGAUCGCCCCAGUUCAGGACCCCGCUAUCGUCGCCCCAAACAGCCAAAGGACAAGACCAACGAUGAGAAGCGACCACGUACAGCCUUCUCCAGUGAGCAAUUGGCUCGUCUUAAGCGCGAAUUCAAUGAGAAUCGCUACCUCACCGAACGCCGUCGCCAGCAAUUGAGCUCCGAAUUGGGUCUAAAUGAGGCGCAAAUAAAAAUCUGGUUCCAGAAUAAGCGAGCCAAAAUCAAGAAAUCGAAUGGCUCGAAAAAUCCAUUGGCCCUGCAAUUGAUGGCCCAGGGUCUAUACAAUCAUACCACAGUUCCAUUGACCAAAGAAGAGGAGGAGCUUGAGAUGCGCAUGAAUGGCCAGAUACCCUAAGGAGAAUACCCCAUUUAGGGGUAACAUUGGGGCAUGUGCAAUAAAGUGUU